AUGUCGGCCAAGAUAGCAAAGACCAUCGCGCGGCAAAAAGAGAAAAUCGCCGAGGGCAACUUCUACGAAGCACACCAGCAACUCCGGGUCAUUACCGCUCGCUACCUCAAAGCACAAGACUACCCCUCCUCCUGCGACGUGCUGUACAAUGGCGCCCUGUUGCUUCUUCGCGCUGGGCAGGGCGGGUCAGGCGGGGACCUUGCUGUCAUGCUCAUCAACGACGUCUACGUGAAGGGCGAAUAUCCAUGCAACGACGAGAACAAGAAAAGGGUGUUGGAGAUCUUCCAUGCCUUCCCCAGCGAGGAGCCGACGCGGAAGCGGUUCGUCGGCGACAUGGUGUCUUGGAGCGCGAAAUACGGAGACUUGGAGCGAGGAGACGCAGACGUCCAUCACGAGGUUGGGAAAGCGUUCGCCGAAGAAGGAGAAGCCUACGACGCCGAACGACAUCUCAUCAUCGGCACAUCAGCAUCGGCUCCCAUUCUCGCCUCGGUGCACUACAACUGGUAUAAGACCGACCAGCCGCACCUCGCGGCCAUCUACGCCUCUCGCUCGGUCCUCCCCUACUUGCUGGUCGGCAACCUCGCGUCUGCAAACCUCGCCCUCUCGACAUUCACAUCCCACCUGACCACGUCCAACCCGGCCCUGCUCGCCAUGUCGCAACCGCUCGAAUCGGCCAAAUCGGGUCUCUCACUACGCAUAUUCCCAUCAAUCCCUCUCCUCAACUUUCUCGCCCUCUUGCUCCUUGCGACCCAGAAGGCCGACUCGUCGCUCUUCAGGCAGCUGGCGAAAUACUACGCCCCUCAUCUCAAGGAAGUCGAAGGUCUGUGGAGCGAAGCCCUCGCCCACAUUGGAGAAAUCUGGUUCGGCAUUAAAAUCCCCAGACAGUCAGGUAACCCGUUGUUCGACAUGAUGGGGAGUAUGCUGUUCGGGGGAGGUGGUGGAGGCGGUGGUGCCAAACCAGGAGGGACGCCCAGGUCGGGAACGCCAGGGCCUGGCGGCGCAGCAAAGAAGGAGAUUGAGAAGCCGCCGGCCAUGGAUCUAGACUGA